AUGGGCGGUAUGAACGCCGAAAACAAUGCCUCCUCGUCAGACAUGGGCGCUGGCGCGGAGGACAUGGAGCCGAGCAACAGCGCUGAUAUGGGCGAUGCUGGUGAUAUGACCUCCACGCCACAGGAUAUGGGACCUGUCGAGGAUGGUGAAGUCGCGCUUCGUUUCGAGCCUGUGGAGUGGGGGCUGUUGCCACAGGGCGCGCCGUUGCCCGCGGCGAUCGAGCAGCGUUCACAGGAUGAGGCGCCAUCAUUUACCGUGAAUCUCCCCGCGGGGAUGUGGCGCGUGGAGGUCGAGCGCCAGCAGCAAACUUGGAGGUUGCCUGGCGAUGGCACCCCGACAGGGCUCGCGCGUCGUGAUGGUGAGGCGCUCGUCACGGCGAGUGAUGCUGGCGAGGGGGCGCUGUUGUUCUCGGCGCUCGACGAGGAGCUCUCGGUCAACGUGUCCGCUGCUGGCGAGCUGAGGAUCACGCGCGCGGCACAACCUGCCGAGGCUGAUCUGGACGCGCCAGACAGGCCGAGUGGUACGGUCGGGCCUCUCUUCGACGAGGCGCUCUAUCGCAUUAACACGCAAGAAGAUGACGCCGCCGUGGUGCUCGACCUGAUGGAUGCACUGCGCGAGGUGGGCGCAGGCCCUGUUGUCAGUUCGCAGGGCGUCUUCUUCCUGGCGCCGUAUGACAACCUCGGCGGGGAGGCAGGUGCGCCGCAGGCGCGUGGCGAGUUUAACGAGUGGGGCGCCACAAACAUCGAGGAUAAUCGAAUGCGCCGUGUAGUCGGUGAGUUUUGGGGGAGGUUCUUGCAGGUUCCUGACGGCAGUUAUCCCUACAAGCUGGCUUACCCAGGGCUUGAUGGCAAUGACGCCUGGUUCACGGAUCGGAGCAACCGGCAUAUCGAGUGGGAUGGUUUUGAUCCGGGGACGAUCGGGUCGUUUAACUCGAUCCUGCACAGGGGUUCGAAUGCUUCGGGCAGCCGGAUGGUGUGGUGGAUGCAGGUCGAGUCCCAGGUGAUGGGAAAUGUGCGCGAGGUGUAUAUCCACUUGCCCGCGAGCUAUGACCAGGAUGAGAGCAAACGCUAUCCCGUGUUGUAUGUGCAGGAUGGCAACGAGAGCAUCGUGCGAAGUCAGUUCCACCAGGUCGCGGACGAGUACGCUGCCGAGGGGAACGCCGAGGUGAUCCUGGUGUUUGUCGCGUUGCCCGCGCAGGAGGAUCGUUUCGACGAGUACACGAUGGCAUCAGACGGAGCGCGAGGAGAUGCGUACACAGAAUUUUUGGCCACGGAGCUCGUGCCGAUGAUCGACGCGGCGUUUCGAACGCGCGCGGAGCCUGGCGCGCGGGGACUUGUUGGCGCGAGCCUCGGAGGGCUGAUCUCUUUCUGGACUGCGCUUCAAUAUUCAGGGACAUUUGAAUACACCGCGGGGAUGUCAUCGUCGUUCUUUUGGGCGGAUCAGUUCAUGAUCCGCGAAGUGGAACGUCGUGGUUGUCAGGGGCUCAGCUAUUACAUAGACAGCGGGAGCCCGAAUGAUAAUGCGGACGUGACGCGUUUAAUGAGAGAUACACUCGCGCAGCUUGGCUGCACCUUCGAACAUGUCGAAGAGACAGGCGGGACGCACGACUGGUCAUACUGGCGAGGUCGCUUCCCCAAUGUGUUGCGCACCUUCGAGCAGAGCCAUACCAGAGCGGUGGCAGCAAGGGAAGCUUACGAGGAGUUCGCCAAGGCGAACAAGUACGUCGCCUACAACGGCCUCUCGCGCGCCAUCAAGCACUACAAGCGCGCCAUCGCCGUGGACCCCGAGAACUACGUGAUCGCGCACUUCAACCUCGGUGAGAUUUAUCUGGCCAAGGAGAACUGCGCCGAUGCCAUCGUGCAUUACCAGAUCUACGCGAGCCAGGGGCGCGACGAGGAGGCGAUCAAGUUCUCCAAGGAAGGGAUCGCCAAGUGCAAGAAGCAGAACCCUGACUGGGCGACGCUCUCGUUGAGCACCGAGCGCAAGUACCCCAAAAAAGAGGAGAGCGAGCUGAUGGCCGAGAUCUCGGUGCGAGGCUACGUGCUCUCGCGAGAGGGGAAGGUCGAGGGGUUCGUGUUGCCUCCAAAGCUUCCUUCGGACAAGGAGGACUUCGAGCAGGAGCGCCGCGAGCGCGCCGGGCACUCGGGUCAGGCUUCCGCCGAGAAGACCUCCUAUGAUGUCGAGGUCACGGCGACUGAUUUUAUCUCGGACACGUUCUCGCUGACGGCGCCCGCGGGCGAAGCGAUCGAGCGCUCGGUGACGCUCGAGAGGAUGACCUUCUACGGGACGCUCGCCAUCAGCGUCGAUGUCGAGGGCUCGAGCGUCAAGCUCAUCCCCAAGGCGGUGGACAAGCCGACAGAGACGCCGGAGCCAUUCUCGGGCACGUCGCCGCUCGAUAAGGAGCUGAAGUUGCCCACAGGGAAGUACCUCCUCGAGGUCAACAACGACGGCUACGAUCGCUGGAUUCGCCACGUCUACAUCACCAAGGAGAACGCCACCUCGGUGAGCGUCUCGCUGAGCAAAUCACUCCCGCCCGAGAUCCAGUGA